AUGAAAGUUGCAGGUUUAUUAUUUUUGGCUGUGGCCACACUGGCACAACGCGACAAUCCCUGUCCACCAGAGCAAGCCGUUGAUUGGACAAUCGAGAAAUUGUUCGCCCACGAAGAUUGCAAUAAGUUCUACCAGUGCACACACGGUUAUCCCGUUGAAAGAAUCUGCCCAGAAAGUCUCCACUUCAAUGAGCGCGAAUCGAUAUGUGACUGGCCAGCUAACGCUAACUGCCAACCGAACACCCCACCAGAAACAGAAACCGAUGAACCAGAGUUAGCAUACCAAUCAAUAGUCAAUCAUGCAUCAAUCCAGAACCUAUCAGACGAACCGGAAAUUGUUGACGGGGAAGGAACAGAAGUAGAAGUCCUGCCAACAGAGAAGCCAGGCAUUGAGUUUCUGGAAAAUGGAUGCCCAGUAGAUCCCUAUAUUCAUUGGCUUGUGUCUGAACCAGAAAACUGCGGCGUUUUCUACUCUUGCGUAUGGGGCAACAAAGUUGCAAUGUCAUGCCCUCCUAAUCUUCACUUCGACAAAGAACAACAGGUAUGCAACUGGCCUGUUUUCGCUGGAUGCCAAGGAAACGCAGAUGGUAAAGCGGAAUAA